AUGGAUUCAACAUCUGAUAAUUCUAAAUUAUCAUUUAUAAGUCGUUAUCAUGUGAUACUUAAAUCUCAUUAUUUUUUGUUUUUUUCUGCAUAUGGUGUUGUAUUUCCAAUAUUAAAUUUAACAUUGCGUUCUCAUGGCCUUUCAAAUACGGAAAUUUCAGUGUCAAACACAAUUCUUAAAUUUUUAAUUUUUCUAACAAAUCCAUUAAUGGGUUUUAUUGCUGAUAAAUCUCGUCGUUUUCUUACAACAUUUAAUAUUCUAGUAGUUAUAUAUAGUAUUGCUUUUACAAUUCUAUUUUUAUUACCAAAUAUUAAAUCUCAUCAUAUUCAAGCUGAUUUACAUUAUUUAAAACCAUCAGAAUAUGUAUUAGAUUUUUGUGCAAGUCAAGAAGUAGUAACAAAAUGUUCAUCAAGAUCUGAUUGUGGUUGUUCUUAUCAAGCAUAUUGUCAAAGAGAAAAUUACUUAUUUAAUUUUACAUUUACAAUGAAUUCAAAUAAUAUACAAAAAAGAUUAAAAGAUACAUUAAAAUCUCAAUGUGGUAUUGAUUAUCGAGUAUCAAUUGAUGAAGUUUUAUUAGAAAAUAAAUUAGAUUUUCAAAGUUCGUCAAUGAUUAAAUGUGAAAUAACUUGUUCAAUUCCUUUUUUUUGUCAUGGUUUACGAUAUAAAGGACAAACAAUUUACAUUUUUCUCUAUGGUAUUUUAUAUAUCAUCGGUUAUAGUUUAGUUUCAGCUGCAAAUGCUAUGGGUGCAUCGAUUGGUUUUUCUAGUUUACCAGGGGCAGAUCUAUUUGGAAAACAACGUGUUUGGGGUACAAUUGGUUUUGGUAUAAUAGCUUUUUCUACUAGCCGUAUUUAUGAAUUAUUUCGUAGUGAAUAUGUUUAUGUAAUUAUGUUUAAUAUUAUUUCAAUUUUGACAAUUAUUGUAACAAGUUUUAUUCCUAUGCAUAAAAAUGAAAAGAAAACUAAUGAAAAAAAACAAAAAUUAAAUUUAUCAACACUUAUAACAUUAUUCAAAAAUAUGGAUGUAUUUAUUUUUCUCUCAAUAACAUUUAUUUGGGGAAUGAGUUAUGGGUGUUUACAUCCGUAUUUGGCUCUAUAUGUUGAUGAAAUGGCUCCAUGUCAAUCACGUUCUAUUAUUGGUUUCAUGUUUUUAAUAGCAUCAAUAUCUGAAGUUACUGCUUUUUAUUCAGCUAAAAGAUUGAUCAAUUUUUUUGGUCCUAAUUUAUCAUCGAUUAUUAUUUUUCUGGCAUUUUCUGUUCGAUUUGGUGGUUAUUAUUUUAUAUUAGAACCACGUUUUUUUCUACCAUUAGAAACAAUGCAUUUUUUUAAUUUUGGUAUUCUUUAUGUAUUAAUUGCUCAAAAAGCAGAUCUUAUUGCACCACCAGGACUUUCUGGUACAUUACAAGGAAUUGCUCAUGGUGUUAUACUUGGUUUAGGUUGUGGUAUUGGUUUAAUUGUGUCUUCAUAUAUCUAUAUUGUUAUUCAACAACGUCUUCUUUUUCUUGUCUUUGCUAUUCUGAAUAUCGUUGCUGCUAUUUUUUAUUCAAUUUAUUUUUUAUUAACAUAUAAAAAAUCUUCAAUUAAAAAUGUAAUCGUAUCAACUGAUAAUAACAUUGUGCUUGAAGAAGAUGGAAAUUUAAAUCAAGAAUCUUUACCAUCAUUAGCAAUGAUGGCAACAAAUAAUACCGAAAAUAAACAGUAG